UUUGAAGAUGGCAGUAAAGUAGUGCAAUCAAAAUAAACUCAAACAAAAUGCCGUGUGAAAAAGGCAAACUGCCAGACGAACAAUAUGAGAAGAUUCAGUCCAAUUAUACUUAUCUUGUAGAAGACAUUAAACAUGAUCCAAUGGGUUUUGCGAUUUCAUUAUUUCAAUACCAUAUCUUCGAUGCUGAUGAUCUGGAGAAAAUAAAGAGGGAAGAACGACGUGACGAUGGCAGUAAAAGAGACGCAGCAAUUAAACUAUUGGAUAUUGUUUUAAACUCUGGUAUCAUGGCCUAUGAUAACUUUAUACGAGCUCUCGACGACAACAAAUAUUAUACUGCUUUGUUCGGAAUAGAACCAGGGUUUAAGAGGGCCGAGGAGGAUUCGAUAACAUCUGAUCGACAUUUGUUUGGAGAUUUGAAGAAAGAGACUGGUAUUUACCAGCUCAGCGGUAUCCCUCCUAUACAAGAAAAUAUAAGAACACAUCCACAUUUAGACAAGAAAAAUGAAGAUAGUCCACGAUUGAGGACAAUAAAAGAUAACACCAUAACUAUCCUUCAAGAUGUGAACAAGAAGAAUUUUGUAAAGACGCGUGCAUUUGAAGAAGGUUUGAAGAUAUUGAAGAAACGCUCUAUAUUGGGUAUAAUAGGAGCAGCCGGCGAUGGUAAGACAACUAUUUCAAUGAUGAUUGCCAACCAGUUUAUAAAGGACAACCAACAGUAUACACCAUUAAUAAUUAACGAGCUGGAUGAUUUAAAUGAUGUUACCUUUAAUGAUGAUAAUUAUGUAUUUAUCAUCGAUGACAUGUACGGAAAAUUUAAUAAAUUAAAGGAUCGUAUAAACAAAUGGCCUCAUAAUUUUGAAAAUUUUCGAAUUCGAAAAGAAAGGGGUCAGCUAGCUUUCAUAUAUAUUAUGAGAGAUUACAUUUAUUAUUCUUCAAAAUAUCAGUUGGAUAAAUAUGAGUUAUUCUCUGAAAACACUACAAAAAUAUUUCUCCAUAUAGGAGAGUUUUCCCUUAACGACGAAGAGAAAAAAAGAUUUUUAAAAUUUUAUAACAUUUCUUCUGGCACAAUUAUUUCCAAAAUCAAAGGUUGUUUCGGUUUUCCCGCUAUUUCAAGCGUGUGUGGUAAACUUAAAAAUGACAGUUUGCCGAUUAAUUUAGAAAGCUCGCACGAUUUCCUGCUUGCUGAAUUAAACACGUUUUGGAAAGAAAAUAAAGACAUAUAUUCCACAUUACUGUUUUGA